UCCAUCUAUAACUACCUCUAACUUUGUCAUAACCUCUAUAUAUUUGUUUUAAAUCACAUCUUGCUGGAUUUGUCGACCGCUGGGAACCGAUUGGUUGUCCAAGUUGUCCGAACUGAACCCUGACUCUGCUCUCUCGCCUGGUGCAUUGUGGCCUGUGUGCGAAAGGAAGCUGCGGCACCGGAAUCUGAAGAAUUUGAGGUGUCCGCCAAGUCUACUGUUCAUCAGCAGCUUGUAUUUCCGCUCCCCUUUCCUCCAUCUUCACCAUCCUCUCAGCGGGCAGACCAUUGAUCAAGGAGAAAAAAAUGUCUCAGGCUGACAAAAUGAAGCAGGGACAGUUCACCAACCCUGAGACCCCAGGGUACGUUGGAUUCGCCAACCUUCCAAAUCAGGUUCACCGCAAGUCGGUGAAAAAAGGUUUUGAGUUCACACUUAUGGUUGUAGGUGAGUCUGGACUUGGAAAGUCCACCUUGAUUAACAGCCUUUUCCUGACCGACCUUUACCCUGAGAGAGUCAUCCCAGGAGCAGCAGAAAAGAUAGAAAGGACGGUUCAGAUCGAGGCGUCAACAGUAGAAAUCGAGGAGAGGGGGGUGAAGCUUCGCCUCACGGUUGUGGACACACCAGGUUAUGGAGACGCCAUCAACAGCCAAGACUGUUUCAGCACCAUUAUCAGUUACAUUGAUGACCAGUUUGAGCGUUACCUCCACGAUGAAAGCGGGCUAAAUCGUAGGCACAUCGUUGACAACAGAGUUCACUGCUGCUUUUACUUCAUCUCCCCUCUUGGCCACGGCCUGAAACCUCUCGAUGUCCAGUUCAUGAAGGCCAUUCACAACAAGGUCAAUGUGGUUCCCGUCAUCGCCAAGGCCGACACACUUACCCUCAGAGAGAGGGAGAGGCUCAAGCGAAGGAUUCUCGAUGAGAUUGAUGAGCAUGGCAUCAAGAUCUACCACCUUCCUGAUGCUGAGUCGGAUGAAGAUGAAGACUUCAAAGAGCAGACCAGGAUUCUAAAGGCCAGCAUCCCAUUUGCAGUGGUAGGAUCCAACCAGCAGAUUGAAGCCAAAGGGAAAAAGGUCAGGGGCCGCCUGUACCCGUGGGGAGUGGUGGAAGUGGAAAACCCAGAACACAACGACUUCCUCAAGCUGCGUACUAUGCUGAUAACCCACAUGCAGGAUCUACAGGAAGUAACCCAGGACCUGCACUACGAGAACUUCCGCUCAGACCGCCUCAAACGGGGUGGCAGGUUGUCCUCCCAUGGUUACAUUCUGCCUCUGUCUCCUGCGAAGGCCCCGGAGCCAGAGGAAAUGGACAAGGAUAUGAUCCUACAGGAGAAGGAGGCUGAGCUGAGACGAAUGCAAGAGAUGAUUGCCAAGAUGCAGGCUCAGAUGCAGAAGGGAGGGGAAGGAGAGGGUGUUUGAGCCUCUGAUGAAGUUUGACCAGAGCCCGCAGGGGUGUAAAACCGUCUGGUUAUUAACCCUUACUGCUUGCCACUAUUUUUAUUUCAGCUUCAUGUGGAAUCUGAAGUCAUGUUUUUUGUUUUUUACAUCCACUUAAAUAUAUUUACACAGUGUUUAUUUUAUUACAUAUAACGGUUCUUUUCUUUGUUUGUCUUUUCAAGAAAAAGCAAACCAUUGCCAGCUGAUCAAAUGAAGUCAUGUGACCCGUUUAUUAUUGGAAUAAUCUGUUAUUAGUUUAUUUCCUUUUUUCUCUGUUCAGAAAACCAAAGUUUUGCUGCUUAUAUUCAUUUUUUUAUAUAGUCUGUGAAAAACUUCCAUUGGGAGAAACAACUCUGAUGAGAUCUUGUAGCACAAGCAAAACAUAUAUAAUUUUCUUACAAAAGCUCUCCAUUAAAAAAGGGUUAUUCUGCGAUGUUAUUGUUACCCAGCUCAUUUACAUGAAUCUUUCUGAUUUAAAGUGAACAAAUUAGUGUCUCAUUCUCACAUCAGUGUUGCUGUGUAAAACUGCCUUUCAGUGUGGUUAAGCUCUGAAUUUAAACUGUGACCCCUAACCUCUUUCAGUCUUCCUGUACGCCUGAUAAACGAAGGGCGAGUGAGGCGUGUUCGGUGCUUUCAGUUAACCAGGUGCAUUUAUUCCACCUAUCCUCUCUGCUGUAAAAUGAAGUCGUGAUGGGAGCAGUGAUAAAAGUUUUAUUUGGACUCAUGUAGUGAGAUUUAAUGGGAGUAAACUGUUACAUGUACCAAUGCUUGAGUUCUUUGUGGUGUCUGUGGCCACACUGGAUGACCCAAUGAGGUUGGUGUAGCCAACGUUCCCCUCACCAGCCAAGAUGCGAGUUCUUGACAUUCCUCUUUGUGCUGUUUUUACCCAAGAUUGAAGUACCAAAUAUUGUUUUUAAUGCAUUUAUUGUUAUACAAACGUUUUAUUAAACUUCAGCAAUCUCA